GGAACAAGAGGUCAGCUUUAUUGAUCAGGUUUUUCCUGGUGUUUACAAUUGAAGCUGGCUGGCUUCUGCCUAGGCAGUGAGUGUCUGCCAUGCAUCCAGGGAAAAGGUCCUCUGUCUUCUUCUUGCUGGUGGGGGGCUUCCUUGUACAGUGCCUCCCCCAAGCUGCUGGGGUACUCAGGGAGUAUUAUGUGGCUGCUGUUGCUGUUGAUUGGAAUUACCAAAACCAGGAAGGCCAGAGUUAUGUUUUCAAGAAGCUAAUAUACAGAGAAUAUGAAGCAGACUUUCAAAAGGCAAAACCAGCUUCAGAGUUGUUAGGUAUAAUGGGUCCAACAUUACGUGCAGAAGUUGGGGAUACAUUGAGAGUUCAUUUCAAAAAUAUGGCUAACAAGCCCCUUACCAUUCACCCGCAAGGCAUUGCAUAUGGAAAGAAAUCAGAAGGUUCAAACUAUGCAGACAAAACAUAUAGUUCAGAAAAGUUGGAUGACUCUGUUCUGCCAGGCCAAACAUACACCUACAACUGGGAUAUUACUCAAGAAGUGGGACCCAAGGAGGAUGAUCCAAACUGCCUUACCAAUAUUUAUUAUUCUCAUGAAAACAUGACGGAAGAUCUAAAUUCUGGACUUGUUGGUGCAUUGCUUAUAUGUAAAAAUGAAAGCUUAAACAUUGAUGGCACAGAAAAGUUGUUCAACAAAGAAUAUGUCCUGAUGUUCGCAGUAUUUGAUGAGAAUAAAAGUUCCCAAAAACCAACAUCAAAAGAUCAUGAAACUUUAAUGUAUACAGUAAAUGGCUACACUAAUGGAACUAUGCCAGAUCUCAAAGCCUGUGAGGGUGACACAGUACGCUUGCAUAUAAUAGGAAUAAGCUCUAAACCAGAAUUAUUCUCUGUGCAUUUCUUUGGGCAAAGUAUCGAACAAUACCAUCACAAAGUAUCAGUCAUCAGUCUUGUAGGCACCUCAUCCACAACAGCAAAUAUGACAGUGAACCAAAGUGGUAGAUGGUUAAUAACAUCCCUUCUUAAUAAACAUCUUCAAGCUGGCAUGCAUGGUUAUAUUGACGUGGACACGUGUGGUGAAAAGGUUACCACUGUCCGUAGAUUAUCCAUCUUCCAUAAAAGAUUUAUUAAAGUCUGGGAACAUUUCAUUGCUGCAGAAGAAGUAAUGUGGGACUAUGCACCGGGAAAGCAGGGAACAGAUAAGACACACUGCCCACAAAAGUAUAAAAAAGUUAUCUAUAGAGAAUAUACUGAUAAAACCUUCACAAAGCGUGCACCAGCUGCCAAUGAAGCAGGCCUGCUUGGUCCCGUUAUUAGAGCACAGGUCAAGGAUACGAUUACAGUUGUAUUUAAGAACAUGGCAAGUCAGCCCUACAGUAUUUAUCCCCAUGGAGUAUCACUGCAAAAGGACUACGAAGGUGCAACUUACCCUCCUGACUUAAAAGGUAAUGAGGUACAAGAUCAAGCUGUCAUGCCAGGAGACAUAAGGACCUAUUACUGGACUAUUCUCGAUGUGGAUGAACCCACAAAAGAUGACCCUCAAUGUCUGACAAGAAUGUAUCAUAGUGCUGUUAAUAUCAGUAAGGAUAUUGCAUCUGGACUGAUUGGGCCGCUUCUGAUUUGCAAAUCAAUGUCAUUGAAUACAAGAGGUGUCCAGCAAAAGGCAGAUCAGGAGCAGAUUGCCAUGUUCACAGUGUUUGACGAGAACCAAAGCUGGUACCAGGAAGAAAACCAAAAGUCAUGUAAUAAGAUUAACAAAGGUCAAAUACAAGAGUACAAUAGUAAUGUCAUACCAACUAUAAAUGGGAAUGCCUACCAGAAUGCAAUACUAGGCUUUUGCCAUAACCAAGUCAUUCAAUGGCACAUUUCCAGCAUAGGAUUCCAAGAUGAAAUUAUUGGAGUCCAUGUUACUGGACACUCCUUUCGAUAUAAAAGGAAAAAUGAGGAUAUAGUAAAUAUUUUUCCAAUGAGCAGUGAAAGUGUCAGUGUUGAAAUGGAUAAUCAAGGUGUUUGGCUUUUUGGAACCUUUGGCUUUCCCAAGAAGAACGAAGGCAUGAGAAUCAGAUUUCGGGAUGCCAAGUGUUUACCUACCGCAGACUAUUAUAAUUAUGAGGAUGAGCAUUUUUCCUUUGAGAGUAGUGAAACUUUUGAAGAAAAAAUUCACAGACAUUCAGACACAGACUCCGAUGAUACAAUAAAUGAAAUGGAAAACACAGAUUCCCCGUCGAGGCAAGACUAUAGUGAUUACUUGGCUGAAAUGUUUCAAAUUCGCUCAUUAAGAAACCAGACAAAGACACAUGAAGAAGAGCUGAAUUUGACUGCAUUGGCCAUAGAACACAUGUACGGUUCGUCAAAUGAAAACUCUUCUGAUAGCCCAGUUGUUUUGAAACAAGAUGAAAGUGAUUCAUUUGAGUCCAUUGAGUCAGAAGAUAAAGACUUAUUACAGAUGAAUAAGACAGUCACCGAUACAAAUACCCAAUUUAAUGACACAAAUAUUUUGGAGGAAAAUGUACAUGGGCAAUUCCGUACAGAAGGAAAUGUUAACAGAAAAGAGGACUGGUUUAAUAAUGAAAUCCCAAUGGUGGCGCAAGUAAACAAUGGCACGGAUAUUGAAGCAGAGGCUCUAGAUUUUGUUUCAAUUGAAGAUAGGAAUGACUUAGAAGCAUCUCUCCCAAAACAUGACAAAACUGAGGAGGGAAUGGAAGAUACAGCACCUGUAAUAAAUCGAGUAAAUAAAUCUCACCCUGACGUAAAUUAUAUUGACACUCCAGAGAACGCUGUUGCACUAAAGUUUCAAGAUUUUAAAGAAACUGAUAACUCAAAAAACACAGUGCCCCUCAAUCCUGAAAAUGUCUCCUCAUUAAGUUUAAUUAAUGAAAACAAGCAAUUUACUACAGGAAUACCUCUGUCUUUCGUGGAAAGCAAUCAGAAUGACUUUACAAAACCGUACAUUAAAAUUGAGCCAGGUUAUUCUCCAGAACUAAAUGUAAAGGAGCCUGUGGACUCAGAAAUAACAAAUCCACCAACCAAUCCUAUUUAUCCAGUAACAAUAACAAGUGCACCAGUCGCUUCCAUACAUUCAAUGUCAGACAUAACUGAUCUUGAGGAUUCUGAGAGUACAAGUGUGAGAGCAACUCCUAGUUAUUUCAGUUCACCAGACACGACGACGAGUGAUUUUGUGGACUCUGAGAGAACAAAUAGGCCAACCAUUCGUAGUUCUUCGGCUUUACCAGGCAUAGCCACAAAUGAUUAUGUGGACUUAGAAAGAACAAAUACACCAACCCAUCCUACUCAUUCAAGUUCUUCUAUCAUAAAUGCGACUGAUAUGGGAAAGCAGGACAUAUCAACUGCACCAAUCCAUCCUACAUAUUCAACUAUCCCAGACAUUAACUCAUCCAAUAUUGUGAAGAUGGAAACUAGUUCACCAACUCAUUCUACAUAUACUUCUCCAGAGAGUAAAACAGAAGAAUAUAUAGAUACAGAAUUUACAGAAAUGUUUGGGAACCAACUAUUUGAAGAUGUAAUACAAGCCAUAUUUUAUCAGAAGGACAAUAAUGGCACUGAGAAAGAGAAUAACUAUGGGCAUUCUGCAGAAGAAGACCUUGACAAUUUGACUGAAGUUUUUCAAAAUGGCACACUCACAUUGCCAAAUAACAAAACCCAUCAAGGGCAGCUUGCAAAACAAGAGGAAACCCCAAAUCAAACUCAAGUAGUUCAUACAGGCCAAAGCAGAAACAAUACUGUUCACAAAAGGCACGGCGUGAUUCGAAGACAAAAAAGAGUAGGAAAUAUACCUGGUAGAAGGACAGGCUCUCAUAAAUAUUACCCAAUCAAAGAUGAAUUUAAUGAAACCCAAGGCAUGAUUGAGAGUGAAAAUGCAACAUCAAAGGUUCCUGUACGCAACUCUAGUGGCAAGUCUGCAUUUUCCCCCAGAGGAUUUAGAGAAGUUAAAAUUGGGGUAUACAGCCAAUAUGAAGGUGAUUAUGUUGAGUAUGACACAGAUGCUUUUAAUGAAGAUGACACAGGCUCUGCUGUUCAAUAUAUUACAUUCGAGGAUCCAUACAAAGUCAGCACGGAAGAUGAUGUUAUUCAUUACUCCAACCCAGAUAGGGUUAUAGAACGCUACCUGCGUAGCUCUAAAGGGAAGAAGAGAAAUUACUAUAUUGCUGCUGAGGAAGUACAUUGGGAUUACUAUGGAGGUUCGAAAAGCUCGAAUAAUGUACGUGAUUCACCAGAAUGUCAAACAAAAGAAACCCAAUAUAAAAAAGUAAUAUUUCGAGAAUACAUUGAUAGCACGUUCCAGAAACCUGCCGUACGAGGACAAUAUGAAGAGCAUCUUGGCAUACUUGGUCCUGUAAUCAGAGCGGAAGUUGAUGAUGUUAUACAGGUAACGUUCAAAAAUCUAGCCUCCAGGCCUUAUUCUGUGCAUGCACACGGUGUUUCUUAUGAAAAGUCAUCAGAAGGAUGGGGAUACGAUGAUGAGACACAGGAUUGGUUAAAAAAAGAUGAUUCUCUGAAACCAGGAGACAAAUAUGUAUAUGUGUGGUAUGCUUCAAAGCAAUCAGGACCUGAACCAGAGGGGUCAGCCUGCAGAGCAUGGGCUUACUACUCAGCGGUGAACCCGGAAAGAGAUAUUCAUUCGGGCCUUCUAGGACCACUUUUGAUCUGUAGAAAUGGCACCCUUGAUAAACAUAAUAACAGGCCGGUGGAUAUGCGUGAAUUCAUAUUGCUCUUUAUGACCUUUGAAGAAGAGAAAAGUUGGUACUUUGAUACAAACAAUAAGAACACAGCAGUGACAACGAAGCCAUCUAAUGCGAAGUGCCACACAUUCCAUGCAAUAAAUGGAAUUAUUUACAACCUACAAGGCUUGCAUAUGUAUGAAAAUGAACUAGUGAGGUGGCAUCUGUUGAAUAUGGGAGGUCCGAAGGAUAUCCACGUGGUUCAUUUUCAUGGUCAAACCAUUACCGAAAAGAUCAACAGAGAAAUUCUGUAUGGCACAUACCCUCUGCUUCCUGGCUCAUUUGCGACAGUUGAAAUGCAGCCAUCAAGAGAAGGUUGGUGGCUUUUGGAUACCGAGGUUGCCGAAUAUCAGCAAGCAGGAAUGCAGGCAAUGUUUCAUAUUAUCCAUAAAGAUUGCAACAAGCCGCUAGGCAUGACAACGGGACUUAUAGCUGAUCAACAGAUCACUGCAUCUCAUUAUACAGAUUCUUGGGAACCCAAAUUAGCCAGAUUAAACAAUGCUGGUUCAUACAACGCUUGGAGUACUAUAAUGAGUAAAUCUUCAUUACCAUGGAUUCAGGUGGAUCUGCAAAGGAUGUUUCUAAUCUCUGGGAUUCAAACACAAGGAGCCAGUAAAUAUUUGAAGCCAUAUUAUACCACAGAGUUCUUUGUUGUAUCCAGCAAAGAUAAUAAGAAGUGGGCAGCUUUCAAAGGAAACAGCUCUGGAUCACAAAAGCUCUUUGAUGGCAAUAGUGAUUCUUCCACUAUAAAGGAAAAUCAGUUCCAUCCUCCAAUUUAUGCCAGAUACGUGAGAGUUUAUCCAACGAAAUACUACAACAGACCAACACUUCGUUUGGAGCUACUUGGGUGCGAAAUACAAGGUUGCUUUUCACCAUUGGGCAUGGAAAAUAAUAUGAUUAAGGAUGAGCAAAUAACAGCUUCAUCAUACAAGUCAUCCUGGUAUUCUUCAUCCUGGAAACCCUCCUUAGCGCGUCUCAACAAGUAUGGCAGUGUCAAUGCUUGGCAAGCCAAGGCAAACAACAAUCAACAAUGGCUUCAAAUUGAUCUUCUGCAGACAAAAAGGGUUACUGGGAUAAUAACACAGGGUGCCAAGUCAAUGACUACUGAAAUGUAUCUAAAAUCAUACGGUGUGCAAUACAGUGAAAAUGGAAGGGACUGGAAACCGUACAUUGACCAAUCCAAUUCAAUGGAGAAGGAAUUCAAAGGAAACAUUAACAGCAGCGGGCAUGUAAAGAAUGAGUUUCAGCCACCAAUAAUCUCACGUUUCUUGAAAAUCAUCCCAAAAUCCUGGAACCAAAACAUUGCGCUUAGACUUGAACUCUUUGGUUGUGAUGCAUAAAUAAACAACAUAGUAUAUACAGUUGUGCUGCCAGAUUAACACAGAAUUAUGUUUUCUUGUUUACCCACUUAAUAAAAAAUAACUAAAUUCCUUACUAAUAGUUUUUGCGCAAAGAGAGAGAUUCACUAAUCAUGGUUUCCAUGAUGCCAAAUAGGUGAGUGAGCGUCCACCACAACUAGAGUGUAAAAAGUUUGCCAUGACGAUCAAUACAUUUCCCUCAGUAUCUCACAUACAUUUGAUAAUAGAAUUGAUAUUGCUCAGGUUACCGCAAUAUCCAAACUAGACUGCAAAAAAAAUCUGAAAGAGAUCAUUGUAUAAGUUAUUCAUUAUACAAAUGCUUAAGAUCUGACUAUUUAAAAAGUUUGUAAGCACGUAAUGAUAUUGUUAAAGUUAAAUUUAUGAAUUGCUUUCAUAAAAGGGUGCGAAGAUUAACAUUAGCAUAUAUUUAAAUUAAGUGAACUAGUUUCUAUUUUUACUUGGUAAAAAAAACACAAUGAUCUUAUGUUCAAAAUUUUAAUGUUUUGAGUUUUUUUAUACUGUGUUACUGCUUUUGGGAGAAAUGUAUUAACCAAUGUAAAAUAAACUAUUUUUGCGUGUUGUGUAUAAUAAUUUUGUAUUUUUAUUCUUAUUCAUGUAACCGCACUUCUACUGCACUGAAAAUAGUGUAAUAAAGAAAAAUUCAGAUACUAAUACUAAUUCAGUUUAAAAAAAUAA